GGUCCCCCGGGACCUGUUGAUCGCAGGUGUCACUGUCCUGACUGGCCCUUGGGUGUUGGGGCGUGUGCGCAUGCUCCGUGCUCCGGGUCGAGCUCUGGGCGGCGAUACCAGACGCCACUGCUCCAGUUCCCGGUGAACCUCGGCUACGGUGGCAGCUGUUAGUAUCAGCCGGGUGUUGGCGUGAGGCAGAGCUGGGCCAGCGGGAGGUAGCCCUGUGGAAGUGGAAGGCCCGUGUUUCUCUACCUGGACCGCACGCUCCUCUCGUUAGGAGGGCAGAGCUCAAGAUUUGCUUUGAAGUCACGUUGAUAACAAAUAUGGAGUCACCUUUGAUAGCUUCACCUGGAAAAGAGAAUCUUCUUAUUAAAAAAACAUAAGGAAAACAGAUGACCAAAGGAAUCGUGCCAAAUGCGAACUCAACAUCUUUUUGUAUCAUCUGGUUUUUAAAUCAUCAAGACAAAUGGCUUGUACUUCAAAGAAAAUUAUUUGUUCAUUGACAUUGUUUUUAGCAGUUUAAAAAAAAAAAUCUUUUUUUUACCUUAACUAUACAACUCUCUUACAAAAUUAAACACAUAUAAAAAUUUUAAGAUCAUGUUUAAAAUAGCUUUCUUUUUUAGAACUUCAGUGUUUGUGUACCCUAUUUUUGCUUGACAAAGUCAUCAAAAAUUUACAGCAACAGGAAAGAUAUGGACUUGGAAACUUAUGUUAUUAUAAUUGACUGCAUUGAAUUUAAGUGGACAAUUCAAGACAUCAUCCCUUUUAUCAUCAGAAAUAUCAUGUAAAAUAUAUAAUUCUUAGCUUUAAUGUAAACAGAGUUUCUUGAAAAUGGCAUGGGUGAAAUUCUUAAGGAAACCUGGUGGCAAUCUUGGAAAAGCUUAUCAGCCUGGAAGUAUGCUGUCCCUAGCCCCUACCAAAGGCUUGUUAAAUGAACCAGGACAAAACAGCUGCUUUCUUAAUAGUGCUGUACAGGUUUUAUGGCAAUUGGAUAUAUUCCGAAGAAGCUUACGGGUUCUAACUGGACAUGUUUGUCAGGGAGAUGCCUGUAUAUUUUGUGCAUUGAAGACAAUAUUUGCACAGUUUCAACAUAGUCGAGAAAAAGCACUUCCUUCGGAUAAUAUAAGACACGCUCUAGCAGAAAGCUUCAAAGAUGAGCAGCGAUUUCAGCUGGGCCUUAUGGAUGAUGCUGCAGAGUGCUUUGAAAAUAUAUUGGAGAGGAUUCAUUUUCAUAUAGUGCCAAGCAGAGAUGCAGACAUGUGUACCUCUAAAUCUUGUAUCACUCACCAGAAGUUUGCCAUGACUCUGUAUGAACAGUGUGUGUGUCGUAGCUGUGGAGCAUCAUCAGAUCCUCUACCUUUUACAGAAUUUGUGCGGUACAUUUCUACAACAGCCCUAUGCAAUGAAGUGGAAAGAAUGAUGGAAAGGCAUGAACGUUUUAAGCCUGAAAUGUUUGCAGAGUUGCUACAAGCGGCAAAUACAACUGAUGACUAUAGGAAAUGUCCUAGUAACUGUGGCCAAAAAAUAAAAAUUCGCCGUGUUUUAAUGAAUUGCCCAGAAAUUGUUACAAUUGGUUUAGUCUGGGAUUCUGAGCAUUCUGACUUGACUGAAGAUGUUGUUCGGAAUCUAGCAACACAUCUUUAUCUUCCUGGGCUUUUUUAUAGGGUUACUGAUGAAAAUGCCAAAAAUAGUGAACUUCACCUCGUUGGUAUGAUCUGCUACACCAGCCGACAUUAUUGUGCCUUUGCUUUUCAUACCAAGAGUUCCAAGUGGGUAUUUUUUGAUGAUGCAACCGUGAAAGAGGUUGGAACUAGAUGGAAGGAUGUGGUCUCCAAGUGUAUCCGAUGCCACUUCCAGCCACUGCUUUUGUUUUACGCAAACCCAGAUGGCACAGCAGUUUCUACUGAAGAUGCACUUAGGCAGGUCAUCAACUGGUCACAUUAUAAAUCUGUUGCAGAAAAUAUGGGAUGUGAAAAGCCCAUAAUUUAUAAGUCAGAUAAUUCAAAAGAGAAUGGAUUUGGUGAUCAGGCAAAACAGAAAGAAAUUCAGAAAUUUCCAACAGAUAAUAUUUCAUCAUUUAAUCGGAACCACAUUCAAACAAGUGGUGGUAGAGGGCCAGUUAAGUUAAGUCACAAUGAUCAAAGGGAAAAAAUAAAAGACAUUUCCAGAGAAUGUGCUUUAAAGGCCAUUGAACAGAGAAACUUACUUUCAUCACAAAGGAAGGAUUUGGAGAGGGGACCAAGAAAAGAUUUGGGCCGACAUAGAGAUUUGGUUGAUGAAGACCUUCCACAUUUCAAGUCUGGAUCACCUCCUGCCCCAAAUGGCUUUAGGCAAUAUGGAAAUCCACAUCUAUAUCAUAGUCAAGGAAAAGGACCAUAUAAGCAUGACCGAGUUGCCCAUCAGAGUCAAGCUUCUGCACAAAUACUGAGUUCAAGUAAAUCCCAGAUUCUUGCCCCAGGAGAGAAAGUUACUGGCAAAGUUAAGAGUGACAGUGGCACUGGAUAUGAUACAGACAGCAGCCAAGAUUCUAGGGAUAAAGGAAGCAGUUACAGUGGCAGCAGUAAAAGCCGGAACCGAGGUUGGAAACCCAUGAGGGAAACAUUAAAUGUUGAUAGUAUUUUUAAUGAAAGUGAAAAAAGGCAACAUAGUCCAAGACAUAAAUCAAAUAUCAGUAACAAACCUAAAUGUAGCAAAGAUCAGAGUUUUAACAAUUGGCCAAAGGAGAACCCAAAGCAGAAAUGUUUAAUGACCAUAUACGAAGAUGAAAUGAAGCAGGAAAUAGGAGGCAGGAGUUCCCUUGAAUCAAAUGGAAAAGGAGCAGAGAAAAAUAAAGGCCUCAAAGAGACUAAAGUUUACGGUGACAAUUGGCAGAUGCAGAGGACUGAGUCUGGAUACGAAAGUAGUGAUCAUGUCAGUAAUGGAUCUGCUAAUUUGGAUUCACCUGUUAUCGAUGGAAAUGGUACAGUAAUGGAUAUCAGUGGUGUUAAAGAAACAGCAUCCUGCAGUGACCAGGUUAAAACAAGCAACCUAAAUAUAGAAUAUAUCAACUGUUCCUCCCAACAGAGCAAAAACUACUUGGAAGGCUUCAGAAAAGAACUCAAGAAUUUGGAAGUAGGCUGUAAAUCUCCUGAGUUCCACCCAGAGUCACAUCUACAAAUAAAAAAUCCUUUGAUAAAGAGGUCACAUAUUAUACAUGAAACGAAUGGAAAGUUGUUCCCUUCGUCAGGUCCACAGAUACUGAAGGACACUGCAGCAAGAGAGCAUAUCCACCAGUCAAAUGAACAGAAACUUGAAACAUCAAGUGAAUGCAGAUUUUCUGAGUGGCUUAAUACAGAAAAUUCUGAGAGAACAGGUUUACUUCACAUUGAUGAUAAUUCUGCUUCUGGAAAGAUAAUGAACAGUAAUGAAAUAGUCUUACCAUCUUCUUUGUGGUCCUCACACAUGAGACCUGUCGGGUUAAAGCCAGAAACUGCUCCCCUCAUCGAGCAGCAAACUAUGAUGGAACAGUGUUCCUCUGAGAAGUCUCUAUCCAGGGAACAUAUAAUUCAGUCAGCCUGCAGAUCUGAUGGUCAGAUGCCAAACCUUGUUAGCCAUAAUCCGCCUCCUUUGCCACCAAAGAAAUAUGCUAUAACCAGUGUGCCACAGUCAGAGAAAAAUGGUUCCACACAUAAUGUCAAACUUACAGAGACAUUUAAAGCUAAUUCUUUUAGUCUUCCAAAGCACAAUUUAAGUCCGGAUCCAGAACCAGGUUCAGAAGUGGGUACAUACAUGAAUGAUGAAAGACUUAAGGAAACAUUUCAAGUAAAAGAGCAUGUUGGCAACACACCAAACUACCUGUCCGGCUCUUCAACUAAAGAUUUUCAGGCAGACUUGGGUACAGUUGUUGAUGAGUUUUGCCAACCAGAAAUAGACUCUAGUUCUACUUGUCCAAAUGAGACCAUUUCAUUAACUACCUAUUUUUCAGUUGAUAGCUGCAUGACUGAUACAUACAGACUGAAAUACCAUCAGAGACCCAAGCUCUAUGUUCCGGAGAGCAGUGGUUUUUGUAAUGAUAAUUUGCUAUCCCAGAGUGAAAGAGGGCUAGGACCGGUGUUACACAAUAGUCUUGGUUCCAACUGCCCUUCUGAGCAAAGAUAUAAACCUAGUAUACAUUGUAGUAGAUAAAUGAUGAAACUGGUAAGCUUAUACUUCUCAGAGGCCAUUAAAAAUAAUAGGAAUUGACUGACCAAACCUGGUAAUACAUGAAAUUAAAACCAUGGCAUUUUUAAAGUCAUUAAUCACUUUAACUUUCUAUAUAUAUUUUUUAUUUUGUGAUCAACUUAUUGGAUAUUUUAGAAAUUCCCUUUGAAUAGCCUUGGCGUGCCUGCAAAAUAGAAAAUUGGGGGGUAUGCAAAAAGUCACUGCUGCAAUUGAAUAAAAAUGUACUUUGUUCCUUUAUGUGUGGCUAACAGACCCAUAAGUAUUAAACUAACCAAUAUUCACAUAUGCAGAUUGAUAAACUAUGCUAAUGGAAAAAUACCAGGUGAUACAUAGUUUGUGUAGUCAAAGCGGUAUUUGCUUUACUAAGAAGCACUUUCUAAUGGGUAAGGAACCAAAGGAGGGCUUCACCCAUUUGUUUUUGACUUCUGUGAUAGUCUAUUACAUGCAAUCCCUUUAAGUGUCUUAAAAAAUAUCAACCCAUGAAAUUGAUAGCAUUUGAAAAAGAAAAAAAAAGCCUUAAUGAUAAAGCAAUUUUUAAAUUAAAUUCUUAAGGUCAGAAGAGAAGAAACUUAAUUUUGCUCCUAGAACUUUUAUCUACAGAAUGCCUAGUUAACAUAAAUUAGGCCUUUGUUGUAUGUAUUCAUAAACUUAUUUCAGCCAUGUAAGCUAAAAAUAAGUGAAAUUCUUAACUUUAGUAUAUUUAUUUGUUAACACUUUUUCUAACUUUAUAUGAAAUGUGAAAGGUUUUAUUUUGGUUUGGUUUACAUUGGGCUGCUAAUAACCAGUGUUAGGAAUUAAGUUAGGGCCCUCUUAUUGGGAAUCUCACUGUGACUGCCUAAAUUUCCCCUGCUGUAACCUUACAUCUUUAUAGGUUGUCAACCCAUUUUAGUGAUCUUCAGAUUCUUGAAUCUGAAAAUAUUUUUGGGUUUCCAGAUUCAAUUGCUGCCUUUCAUAGAGGGUUUAAUUUUAAUGAAAUGUAUUAAUUUGAGCAUCUCUCCCAUUUUUCUACUCUAAACGGAUAGUCAUUUUACCCUAACUACUUUCAUGGAGAGGGCUUUAUUUUAAAAAUAAAGAUUUCCAUUAUCAGGAUGACCUUAUAAGUUACUUUAAUUGCCUUAUUUCAUUAGUUGUCAUUUUAUUUUGUACUAAGUUGGUAAACUUAUUGUGGUUUAGGAGUUUUUGUAUUGUCCACUUAAGAAAAUAAAGAAUUACAUAAGCAAAAUUUUUCUUACAUUCAUUAAUAAACUUUAUACAUAUAACUUAAUUCUGUAAACUGAUGAAUAAAUUUAACAUUUUGACCAAUUCCUUAAACUGUUAAAAUAUUGCAAAAUGUAAAUGACUUAAAAUGAGUAUUUCUAGAUAAAUAUAAAAUAAUUGCUUGUAAAAACAUAACCGCACCCAGUUAUCAAACCUAGAGUUUUUAAAUAGCGUAACUGUAAAUGUAGGUGAUUAUUACUCUAUAUUCUCUUACUUUAGAAAUACUUGAAUAUGAACUAUGUUAAACUUUAUCUUUUAAGAAAGCUUAUUUUUAACAUAACUUUUAGUAUGGAGGAGGGUUUGUAAAUACUGUAAAGUUUUUUAAAUUGUAUUUGAAAUGUCUGUAUUUAAUUACUGCUUUUAUAACAUUGUAAAAUACUAGAAAAUGGACUUCAAGUAUUUUUAAUAUCUUUCAAAAACUUUGUGUAGCUUUUAUUUUAAAUGUAUUAUUUGAAACAUAAACAUAUUUCUGAUAUUUAACAGCAGUCUCAUAGAUUUGUAUUUUCAACUCAGAUGAGUUGCAACAUCUAAUUUUGGCUCUUUUUAAAGUACUAUUCAGUUGAAACCACCUGAAUUGUCAUAGUACUAACAAACUAGAACUGUUUUUGUUGAUUCAACACUCCAGAUAUAGAUUUGAAUACAUAAUUACUAACUAAUCAUUCACAUGUAAAAUUUUUACUGCUAGGGUAUCUAAUUUUUAUAGAUGUUUUCUUCUGGUUAUAAAAUUAUAACUUCUGAAAUAAUGCAACCAAUAAUUGUUAUAAUGUUCAAAACACAUAUCUUCAGACUGUUCUAUUUUUCUGUGAAAUCAGUUUUUUUCUGGUUUGUCAUUUUUUUUAAAGAUAAACCGAUUUUUAAGUUAACAUGGUUGGACUUUUCUGUGCAUUUAUGAACAUGUUGUGCAUUCAUGAACAUUCUGUGCAUUUCCCCCAUGUUGAUUAUUAUUUUAUGAGAAAUGUAAGUCAACUUAAAGUUCAGGGUACUUGGAAUAUCACUAAUCAUAAAGUGUGAUCACUGGAGGCUCCUAAGAAUGUAACUGUAGUGAAGUCUAAAGCUGGGCUCCUGUUGGAGUUGGCAAACUGUCUGUAAAGACCCAGAUAGUAAAUAAUUUGGUCUUCGUGGACCAUAGGGUCUUUGUAACAAACUACUCAACUCUGCCACUGGUUAAAGAAGUAAAGCAGCCCUAAAUGGUAUGUAAAUGAAUGGCAUGUUUGUGUUCCAAUAAAACUUUAUUGAUAUUGAAGCUUG